GUUCCUUCAGUAUGUCCAGUGCUCAGAGCUCAGAUCCAACUAAAGCACGUAAGUCUCCCUUUCCACAAACAACCAGAAGCAACAGGCACAAAUUAGCGAUCCAAUGGGGGAGAUGUAGCUGACACCGUGAACAUGAAGCGUCCAAGAAGAAGCGGAAAAGCAAGAAGAAGACCCACGGCAAGGCUCAAAGCACGGAAGCAUCUGCACUGUCAAACGGAGCAAAGAGCGAGCACGAUGCAGAUCCGGAAGAUGACGAUGAAGACGAUGAGACUCCGGAGUCACCUGCGGUACAUUUGUGAUAUGUGUCGCGCAUGAAGGAUGACAAGCAUGCUUAUAGCAACCGCAGAAGACUUCCUUACCCAGCCACCUGCAGACCGAAGACUCGCUUCACAUGCCAUCAUCACCGCCUGGUCCGUCUUCGCCAGUUAAUCAAAGCGAACCUCCAACGCAGAAUGGAGCACAACAGCGCGAUCGGGACGUAGAUGGAACCGAAGUCCAGCAAACGAUGACCGCAAAUGCGGCUGACGAGCCUUCUGCCCCUGUAUCGGAUACCGCCGCACGUCUGGAAGCCAUGCAACAGGAACGUGACAGCUUACACGCCGAGGUCACAAAGCUCAGACAGAGUAUUGAGUCGCUGCAGGCCAAGCAUGAGGAAGACCUGGCGAUCGUCAAGGAUGACCUAGAACAGUCGCAACAGAGCAAGGAGCACGCAGAAGCACAAUAUCGUAGCCUACUCGGUAAGGUGAACACGAUACGCUCACAGCUGGGCGAGCGGUUGAAGCAGGACGCGGAGGAGCUGGAGCAAGCAAGGGGCAAGAUAGAAGAGCUCGAAUCGAGUAGCGACGCAGUGAAGGAGGACAACGAGCGGCUGCAAGGCGAAGUUUCCACCCUCAACAGCAAGCUUGAAGAACAAACCUCUGAGAUUGAGAGCUUGCGAAGUCGAACGACAUUGUCUACAAGCAACUGGGCGAAAGAGAGAGAUGACUUGAUUCAGCGGGAAGCUUAUAUUCGAGAAGAGUAUGAAGUCGCACGACAAGCUAUGCAAGACUGGGAGAUUCUAGCAACGGAGGAGCGCAGUCGGAGAGAAGCGCUCGAAGAACGAAUGACGGAUUUGGAAGAUCAGCUUGGUGGGUCAAGGGAAGCUUAUGAGCGUGUUAGAAGCGAAGCGGAGACGCAGAACAGUACUGUGGAUGGCCUACAGCGAGCGCUGCGUGACUUGCAAGAAGAGCGCAAAAAGGAGUUACGAGAGAUGGUUAAGCAGUCGCAGGCGCAGUUGGACGAGCUGAAAAAGCAGGCCAAGCUCGCGGAAGACGGCGCUGCAGAGUUGAAACAGCAACUAGAGGUUAUGAAGAAGGAGCUUGACCGGGCGUUACCUUUCGAGAAGGAGGUGAAGGAGAAGAACCUACUUAUCGGCAAGCUGCGACACGAAGCCGUCAUCCUCAACGACCAUCUCACCAAAGCACUACGGUUCCUGAAGCGUGGCAAGCCGGAAGAUAACGUUGACCGGCAGCUCGUGACGAACCACUUCCUACACUUCUUGGCCCUUGACCGCAGCGAUCCUAAGAAGUUCCAGGUCCUGCAACUCAUUGCAGCCUUGUUAGGUUGGGAUGAGCAGCAAAAGGAGCAGGCCGGCUUGUUACGAACGGGCAGCUCAGGAACAGGAUCACUCAAGCUGCCGAUGUCGCCUUACAGACGUACGCCCAGCACCCCGGCGCUGACCGGUGACUUUGUGCCAGAGUCACCGGGCGGACCACAGAGCAAGGAAAGCUUGGCGGAGCUGUGGUCGGACUUCUUGGAGCGGGAGUCUGAAGCUGGGGGUGGUGGAAGCCGGAGAGGUAGUACAACGAAGAGUGUGAGAAGCGCGAGCCUUGUCGGUCAAACUGGUGGACUUGGCAUUGUGAGUCCAACUAGCGAGCUUCCAGGACGGGUGAGUCCUGAGAUCAGGAGGACUGAUAGUGGUGGAGGCAAAUGAGUAGCAUACAUCAGCUUGACCACUGACUUUAGCUCGGAAACGGCCGGGCGCGCACCCGAUCAGCGAUGAUCACCCCAGCGACGAUCCAGUUUCAUCAGAACCACUCGUUGUGUCUUGAGCAGCUG